AUGUCUUGGACACUUUUUGUAUGGUUGUUGUGUGUUUCGAUGGGUCAAAUGUCUCCCGAUUUGCAAGAAUCACUUCAUAGGAGAUUUGAACACUUUUAUCAACACCAAAUGGGUUACAUUCCCAAGUUGGAUUUUCUUAUUACAGAGAUGGUAAAAUAUCCACAACACUUUUCUGAUCAACAUGUUACUAGUUUGGACAGACUUAGAAAAUUUGAAAUUGGAAUGAAAGAAACUUCAAGAUUAUGUGCAAGAGCUGACCCAGUCACAGAAGAUACAGUUCAGACUUUUUGUAUGAACGUUCAAGGACUUGGUUCUGAUUUUAAAAGGUACAUGCUGUUUAUUAUUCAAAGUAUGUUCACAUUUGUUGAAAGGACAAGUGAAAGCAGUUUUAUUCCAGAACAAGCAAAACAUAGGAUGUUGAAAUAUUUACACUUGUUAAUUCCUCAGAUGUAUAGAUAUGCAAAUUUAUUGGAUAGAAUUAUUGACGCGAGAGAAUUUACUGGCAAUCAAGUAGUAUUGGCAGCUAGACAAGUUAUGACAACUUUAAUAAGAUCAAAAGCAACAACCUUUGAAAAUCCAUUUGUUCCUGAAGCAACUCCAAAACCAACAAGUUUAAAAUUCUUAAAAAAGAAAAGACAAUAA